AAAUAUUUUGAAUUUAUUGAAAGAUCUUGCUUUGUGAUAAAUCUGCUAUAAGCAGUGUUUAGUAAUUAAAAAUAAUAAUAAUAACAUAAAAAUGGGAGAAAGGACGACCGUUUCAACGGAGGAAACGCUAGUUCGAUAUGAUAACCCCGUAUUAGUUACAAAGCAACCAGAAAAAGUUACAUUGCCAGCGGCUGGUGCAGCGGCUACUCAACCAUGUAUUUCGACUGAAGCCAAACGGGAAACCGAAGAAAUUCUCAAUGCCAUUCUGCCUCCUAAAGAAUGGGAAGAAGAUGGACAGAUAUGGACUCAAAAAAUAUCAUCGACGCCAGCCACCAGAUUGGAUGUAAUAAAUCUUCAAGAGAUGCUCGACACGCGCUUGCAACAACGGCAGGCAAGAGAAACUGGAAUAUGUCCCGUUCGACGACAACUUUAUACCCAGUGCUUUGAUGAACUUAUACGACAGGUAACAAUCAACUGCGGUGAACGAGGCCUCCUUCUGCUGAGAGUGCGCGAUGAAGCGCGGAUCACUAUGGAAGCGUAUCAAACUCUGUAUUGCAGUUCCAUUGCAUUCGGCAUGCGAAAAGCUUUACAGUCAGAACAAGGUAAAUCGGACCUUAUGGAUCAAGUAGCAAAGUUGGAAACCGAACGUUCCGCUUUGGAAAAACAGUGCAUGGAGUUAAAACAGAAAACUGAACAGCUAGAGCGACGCGCGGCCGAAUUGCGUGCGGCGGAAGAGAAACGACACCAAGAAGAAUUGUUAGCCUUGAAGAAAACUAACGCGCAGCUAAAGGCACAACUAGAAGGCAUUAUUGCUCCGAAGAAAUAAUUUUCGUUUAUUAAGUAUUUAGUUCUUAAAAGUUGCUAUCAGAACGAUCGGGUUAAGGAAUUUAUGUUCUCCGAUGUAUUAAGUAUUAUUUAAAUAAAUAAAGAUUUUUACAA